AUGGCAACCUUCAACCCGUUCGGAGCGCUAGACUCGGAUGACGAGGGCGUAAACUCGGUGACCACUACCACCACCACCACCACCACUACCACCACCGCUAAGGGUAGCAAGGGCGGCAAGAAGCCCACCCCCGCGCCGGCGCCGGCGGCUAAGAGUGGUGGCCGCGACGCCGGCGGCAGGGGGCCCCGCAGAGAGGGAGGACGCGGCGGCGGGGGCCGUGGCGAGGGCAGGGGCAGGGGUGGACGCGGCGGCAGGUAUGGUGAUGGAGGAGGAGACCGUGGACCUGAGCGCGAGAGCUUCGACGACCGCCGCCGAGAGCGUGGUGGAUACGGCGGUGGAGAAAACCGUGACAACAGGGACAACCGCGCCAACAGGAGCGGCUACGCCGGGCGAGAUGGCCGCAACAGGGAGUACGACAGGCGCUCCGGUACCGGCAGUCAUUUAAGUUCUGGGAGUGUCGUCCACUUUCCAAAGUUUUCCUACUGUUUUUGGUGCGUGACCACUUUGGUGGGAUCGGGACGAAGCAACACUUCUCGCCCCCGUUGGAUGGUCUUUGAACUAAAAGCUGCGACCAUGCUCCUUGAAUGGGGUCGCGAGAUCAAGAAGAGCGGCGGCGGCGGUCGCAACUGGGGCAACGACGCGGCCGCCGGCAUGGACAACGCCGCCGCCAACGCGGAGAAUGAGGCCGAGGGAGACCAAGGUGCCGGUUGGGGAGCCAACGGUUCCGCCGCCCCCAACGCCGAGGACCCCAUGACUGAGACCGGCGACGGACAGGCCACUGACGGAGGAGAGUCGCCCAAGGAAGACACGCCUGCCCCGCGUGUGCCCGAGCCCGAGCCGGAAGAGAUCCAGCUGACCCUGGAUGAGCACCAGGCCAUGCUCGAUGCCAAGGCCAAGGAGCUGGCCGACAUGAUCGGAGAAGUGUCCAUCAAGACCGUGGACGACUCCGAGUUCAAUGACGGUGCCAUCCGCAACAAGCAAGAUGUGGAAGAAGAGGGCUUCAUGGGCGGCAAGGCUACCAAGACCCGUAAGGUGAAGACUCAGCAGCGUGCCAAGGAGGUCUUCCAAGACGUGGGAUUCCGGGCUCCCGCCAUGAACUCCGGAGGCGACGGCCGUGGGCGUGGUCGCGGGCGCGGCGGAGGCCGUGGAGGCAGAGGCGGCGGAAGGGGUGGAUUCGACCGCGGCGACCGCCCCCAGCGCUCCGGCUACGGGGGGGGUGAAGGCGGAGACCGCGCCGGCGGGGCCCCCGGAAGGGGAGAGGGAGACGAGUCUACCCCUGCUGAGGACGGCGGACCCCCCAGGCCUCGCUUCCACGGCGGUGGCGGUGGCCGUGGUGGCGGCUUCCGCGGUGAGGGCCGUGGCUACCAAGGAGGAGGAGGUGGCUACGGUGGUGGGGGCUACAGGGGCGACGCACGCACGAGCGCGCCGCUGAACCUCAAGGACGACGAGGCCUUCCCCUCCCUCUAAGAAGCCCUUCCUCCAUGAUGGCGACCACGACGACACCAUAGGGCAGGCUGAAGGUUGGGUCAAGACAAGGCCGCGUCCGCCCCCGCCCCCUCCCCUUGUCUUGUUUCCUGCGGCAACUCGAAUAGAAACUGUGAAUUUCCUACUCUUUGGUUUGUGGUUCUCUCGGCUCAUUUCACCAUUUGCAUAGGCAGGCGCUUCGUGAGCAAAAGCACGAAGGCUUGUCUCUCUCCUUGUCCCUUGUCCUUUGCCGUUUUCGGUGUUGUGGCUUGAUCCGACAGACACGUGCUGGGUGGGUAGAGGGCAUGAGGACAGAGAGAGACGACGCCGGUUGUAGACUCUGCUGGGGUGUCUUUCCUGUAGCUGCUAGCCGCACGAAGAGGGUUUGGUUGGCGGUUGGAUGCAAAAGAAGGGUUGGUGAAGGAAGAAAGCACGGCGUAAAGGGGGCUCUGGCCGCGUGCCGCCUUUUAAGUUCGGUUGAACCAUUCAUCGAUGGUGGGAUGGGAUGAAGGCAGGGUGACUGUGUCGAAUCUGGCCCGGGGAAGGUGGUGUUGUGUCCCCUCCCCCCUCCUCCAAGGUGCAGCUGUGGGUACCGUAGGAACAGCACAUUCCGGCGUUUUUAGAUUUUUGGGGGGCUAGUUCGUUUGUUCGUGCGGGUGGGUGGGUGAGGAGAGGAGAGGGCGCUUCGAUGACAAUUUUCUCCAAACUCUUGGAGCAUGCUCGUCAUCGAGAUCGUGUACUUUACGGUGUUUUGGUGUUUGUUUGUUCCAUGCCGGGCGAGCGCGGGAGAAGGCAUGGAUCCUUCGACGCGUGCUUGGGAUGGAGGGCCUCGCGGGUUGGUUUGAUUUUUCGAGGUGAGUUCGUUCGUUCAUCAUUCAUUCGGCCGGUGGUGGGUGUAGCGGAGCAAGGGUUGAGGAAGAGCAUUGCUUUUGCUUUGGCAGAAUUGGGCUUCUUGGCGGAGGUAGUCGAGAAACAGGGGUGGAAAAUACAGCAAGCAAGGAAGGCACCCUUCCAGGUGAUGCUUUCAUUUCAUUUCAGCAAGUUCUUUUUUGUUUCUUAGGUUGGUGUUGCCUUCUGAAGAAUCGACGGUUCCGCAUGGGGGUGACUGAUCUUGUUUUCAUUCACAGCAGUUGCGAGACAAGGACACAUCCGGUAGUUGUGGUAUUUUCGGAAAGUACUUAGUAGGGGGGGGGGGGGGGGAGGGGGGUUGGGUUGGGUGUGUUCCCUGGGGAUUACUAGUUAGAGGAAGCUGGGGGGGAGGGUGACAGCAGUGGGAUGCGGUAAGGUCUUUGGUUGCAAUGACAUGAAUGCGGUUAGCCUCGUUAGCCUCGUGACACGCGAGGAUAAACUUACUGGUUCGUGCGACUGUUCGGGAGGAAGGUCGCCGCCACCGGAUUAUGACGGCAUCUGCUGUCUGUCUGUCUGUCUUUGGGAGAUGUGCUUGACCGCUAUCCAAUACUUGACAGCUCACGCGCCGCGUGUGCGCGGCCGGAAAAUCGAGCUCGGUGCCUGGGGGAAGUGUAAGGGGCAAGUGCAACGCGUGUGACGGAGGCUGGGAGAGUAAAAAAGAAUCGUUCAUGUCCUUGUUUGACGGAGAGGUUGAGUACAGCAUGCAAGGUUGUCGUGCUGAUUGGUUCACCGCAAGUUAUCAAAGGAAAGAAACCAACGGCGUUGAUGUUGAUGUUGUUGCCGACCGAGGUGAUGGCGUCUUGGCACACAAAAGACGCCAUGUAGUAGGUGUAUUCAACGUGCCUCCCGCAAUCUGCCCUACGGAUGGGUUUGUUGCUUCGGAUGUUGGGCUUUGUUGUUGGAGUCCCCCAGGUGAGCAAGAGCAGCAGCAGUUUUGUUAGAAUUGACGUGACAAUGGGUGACCCUGGAAACGAUGUCGGAACAAAUCCCUCUGGCGAAGUUGGAAUCAAUUGGCCAUGGAAAUCUCCCGAGUGUUUUUUUUUUUUUCCGUCAAUGCUGGCGGAGACAAAUUCCUGCAGCAGACGACGACGACGUGCAAAAACGGGUGGUGAUGGUGGAAAAACGGGGUGUGCGUGAGACAGCAGUCAGUCGCAUGAGGGGAAGGGAAAGCCGUGCGCUUGUUGACCCCCCCCCCUGGUUUUUGUGCGGUACAUAGGUCAUACACCAACAGCACCUCCUUCUGAGAGGGUUAUCGAGUCACGUCCAAAGCUGCUGCUACUCGUGGGCGCUAGCAGCACUUGCAGAACCAAGAGGCGCAGGGUGCCGGUAGCUGUGGGGGGGGGGGGGCAGGGGUGGGGGGGGGUUACAGGUUAAAUGGCAAUAAUACAUACUCCGGAGUAAAAAAAAUCGGCAUGUUUUGCGGUCAACAAAAAUGGUUUUGCUCGACUUUGUGGGGUGAUCAAAUCUGCUGUUGGUGUGCUUCAUAAAGCGCACUAGAGGUGUGGCGUGUUUCCACCAAAAGAGACUUGAAUGAUUUGCGUGAACGGAUUCAAUUUACAGGUUUCUGGUAGUAGUGUGUAGCACCCUCGUUUGAUUCGUGGUUGGUUUGGAUGAUGGAGAGCUCGUGACAGAGUCGACCAAUCGUUAAAACUACUUUGUCGCCGUUGCCGCGUAAAGCUAGGAGCUUGAUGGAGCGAAAGCAGGACAGGUGCUGACAAGAAUAAAAACAACAUGAACGUUCGUGCCGUUCCAUGAUGAUGUGGAUCUAGUGCAUCAUGACCGAAUCCUGCCCAAGCCGACAUGCUUGGGCGGGCGUCCAUGUCAGACAGAUCCUAAGCUGCCCAGAUAGAUGUGCUCCGAACAGCACCAACAAUUUAUUAACGUCUUGGAACAACAAAGAAAGUUAAAGUUC